UCUUUAGUGUUUGCCCUGUCCUCCCAAUGUUCUCCUCUUAGCCGCCCGCAUUUUGACAAUAAAAUAACACACCGAGGCUAGAAACUGGAACCAAGAAAAAAAACAAGUCACUUUAAGUCAUCAGUUCGUAUGGACUGAUUUAAAAUCUGAAGACAAGGAGCGACUAGAUUUCUCGUCUUGACUUCAGCAUCAGAGCAAAAGAAUGUCUCAGCUCCAGUUUCAGUGUCCGCCUAGCGCCAUUCCUGCUGCCUCUGCCCCGCUGCAGCUGGGGCAGCCGCAGCCUGGCUACAGCAUCCCGUGCGCUACAGGCGCCCUUCCAUCAGAGAGCGCCAGCCAGCCAAUCAGAAGCUCUGCUCUGCCCGCUGGCUCCGCCACUCCCUAUAACACCGCCACAGUUUACAACAUGGCAAACCCUAAAGAGAAGACCCCCAUGUGUUUGGUGAAUGAGUUAGCCCGUUUCAACAAGAUCCAGCCCGAGUACAAGCUUCUUUCUGAGCAAGGACCAGCUCACUCCAAGAUUUUCUCGGUGAGGCUCACACUGGGAGAUCAGUACUGGGAGGCCGAAGGAACCAGCAUCAAGAAAGCCCAGCAUUCGGCUGCUGCAUCUGCCCUCGCCGAGACUACGCUUCCCAAACCCACAGCGAGGACGCCCCGCAACACCGGCAGGAACCCAGUAGAUGGCAGCACACACACCAUGGAGUUGAAUGCACUUUGUUUGAAGCUUGGUAAAAAACCCAACUUUAAACCCAUUGACCCAUACCCGGGUAUGCGACCACCAAGCUACAACUACAGUGUCCGCGCUCCAGGACCUUACCAGCGCUCUAUGCAACAGUACUACUAUCCAUUUCCUCCAGUGGGACCAAUAAUUUACCACAUGGAGCUUUCCGUCGGGAGCCAGCAGUUCACUGGGAAGGGACGGACGCGGCAGCAGGCCAAACACGACGCCGCUGCCAAAGCCUUGAAAGUGCUGCAGAAGGAGCCAAUGCUGCAGCAGUCGCCAGUGAUGAACGGAGAGCCCGAGGAGGAGGAGAACUUGAACAAAUCAGAAAUAAGUCAAGUGUUUGAAAUUGCUCUGAAAAGGAACCUACCCGUCAACUUUGAGAUUUUAAAGGAAGAAGGGCCUCCACACAUGAAGAGUUUUGUAGUGCGCGUUGUAGUCGGGGAGUUCGUGGGAGAGGGUGAGGGCAAAAGCAAAAAGAUUGCCAAGAAGCUGGCAGCCGCCGCAGUGCUGGUGGAGUUAAAGAGGCUCCCUCACAUACCCAGCGUGGAGAAGAAGCUGCCACGCAUCAAAAAGAAAACAAAAUCUAUAAUCAAGCUGCAGACCAGCCCCGAGUAUGGCCAGGGGAUGAAUCCCAUCAGCCGCUUGGCUCAGAUCCAGCAGGCCAAGAAGGAGAAGGAGCCGGAGUACAGCAUGGUGACAGAAAGAGGUCUGCCGCGGCGCAGGGAGUUCGUCAUGCAGGUGACCGUGUGCGGCCAGACGGCAGAGGGGCUGGGGCCGAGCAAGAAGGUGGCCAAGAGGAAUGCAGCUGAGAAAAUGCUGGAACUGUUGGGAUAUAAAGUGCCUCAGCCUCAACCUCCCAAACCAGCACUCAAAUCUGAUGAAAAGACGCCAGUGAAAAAGUCGUGUGAUGGGCGCAAAGUGACCUUCUUUGAACCAGGUUCUGCAGAGGAGGCGUCUGCGGGCUCCAAGGGGGGGGGCUUCCGCUUU